AGAAGAAGGACACGUGUCAAAAACCCAAUUACUACAACUAACGUUCAACGUUCAUAAUUUAAAGAAAUAAAUUCCCUCUCAAAUCACAAAAUUUGAAUCCAUAUAAAAAUAUAUAUAUAUAUAUAUAUAGAAACAGAUUCAAUGCCCACAAAAUAAAUUCCAACGUUCGAAAACCACGAACUCCCCUGCAAUCACGCACUUUUGUCUUCCUUUCUCUUCAUGGAACAAGAAGAGCAAGCCGAUUAUACCACCCUCCGGCUCGGCUCCCCCAUCGGCCCGGCUCAAGUGGCUCAACCACCUUCAUUUGUCACUCUGUCCCCAUUCCCUCCAAUCUCAACUCCACCCUCCCGACGCCGGCUCUCGAGCCAGUGCACUCCGAACCUAGCAGUCCCAUUGGCUCGGCGGAUGGCUAGGGUGUCUUUGCAAGGGCGGCUUGUGGAUGCUGAGGAAGCUAGCUCGGCAAAAGCCAUUGGGUUGAGCAGGGAGGCAGGUGUGGCUUGGGAGCUGUUUAGUCCUGUUCAAAGGUUUCUGAUUGUUGCUGUUAUUGGGGUUGCUGUUUCUAAAUCUAAGAAGAAUAGGAUCAUUGAUCAGCUCAAAAAGUCUGUGGAGCUUAGGGAUCAGGUGCUAUCAAGCAUGCAGCAGAAGCUGGAUGAUCUGUGUGAUCAGUUGAGUAGCAUUAACAACCGGGCAGGAACCAAGACCAUUACAUCUUUCAACAACAACAAGAAUUUAGAACCACCAUGUAAUGAUGUUUUUGGUUGUGAUAAAAUUAAAUUUGUUGACUGUGGUUGUUGGUAUUGUGAUCAACACCAUGACCUGCUUGCUGGUUUGAUGGGGAACUCUGUUGUCAAAGUGUCUAAAGGUGAUGAGGUGCUGCAGUACAAAAUGCCUUUCGUAAAUGAGGUGGAACAAGAAGAGCGCCGCAUGUCAGAUUUGUCAGAUUGGGCUUCAAGUGUUACAUCUGCAGCAGAAAUGCAGAUGAACACUUACGCAAUAGACCAGGACAUGUUCAAUCUAAAGAGAGAGUGUGAAGAGAAGGAUGCCACCAUUAAGGAGCUGAACAGUAUUCUUCAAACAAAUAAUAUGGCGGAUUCUAAGAGAAUAGCUGAGUUGGAAGACAUCAUACGCAGGAAGAACACGAUGAUCACAAGGCUUAGGAAGGACAUGAUGGUAUUAGAGCAGAAGGUGGUGCAUCUUACAAGACUUAGGAGACCAUCGUCCUCCUUAUGUGUCUCAGACAGUUUGGAACUUCCUCUCAUGGUGGAUAACAUAAUCUAUGAUAUGGAUAGCACCACUAGCCCUUCCUCUUCUGAUUCAGAUUCCUCUCCUGCGAACCGACCACAAACUCCUGCUGCUCAUAUUCAGGUCCCUGUUGUUAAUCUUCAGGAGACUCCUGUUCAGAGCAGUGAGCUUGGUUUGACAAAAAGCCAGAAAUCAGCACCAGCAAAGGCCUCCAGUUCUGUGGUAGAACUUCACAAAAAAUCUAGAUCAGAAAGUCCUCUCAAAGAAAUAUCAACAAAUCAAAAGUCCAUUGGACUCCCUUCUUCGAGGCUAAAGCAGUUGUCAGCUGAAAUCAGGAAGGCUAGAAGGCGGACUCAAAGUGCAAUUAAGGAUGCAUCUUCAAAGAAGAGAUGGUUCUAGUUUAUGCGGUAGAUGUAUGUAGAUAAGGGUAACACAGGGCUGGCAAUUGAAGAAAAAUGCCAUUGUCUUUCAAACUCAUUUGCAGGCAGAGAUAUACAACAGGCUAGUUGAUAUCUAGAACUGGAAGGGCCAUGUUGCUAUCAUUAUGAUAUGUUGUUAAAGUAAUAGAAUUUCUGUAGAUGUCCAGACAUAAUAUUUUUUUCUAAAAAUACCAGCUUUAGUUA